AUGUUGUCACGUGGUUGUGAAUGUGUUACAAUUUUGUUCGCACCAACACUUUUUUCUUUGUUGCUUUUCAUUCUCGUCAUGACUGAUCCUUACUUAUGUUCGUUGAGUCAAUGUAUUAUCGACGAUAUAAAACUUCCAGAUGGAACAUUUAGGAAAGAUGUUUUAAGUGGAGGCGGUGUAUAUGCUACAUACGGAAUGAGGUUAUGGUUUUCUCCACCGGAAUCACUAAGAAUCGCAUAUUCCUUUCACGCUGGUUAUGAUUUUCCAAUCAAUAUUCUAGAAAAAUUAUUAUCAUUAAAUAUUUCUUUAACACAAAUAUGGCAUUCAAAUUUACCUUCAAUUCGUGGAUUAGCUACUUUUACAUCAGCAGAUCAGCGUAUAUUUGUUUAUCAAACUCCACCGAUAGGAACCGUUCCAGCAGAUUUACCAAGCUCUUACCUAAAUUCCAAAAUUUUUCAUUUCAUAUGUUCCCCAAGUUGGGCUUCACAGCAUAUUACAGAGAUUUUAAAAUUGAGAGAUAAACAAUUACCUCCACCAAUUUUUGUAUGGGAGCCUGUACCAAAUAGUACAAUAAAAGAGAACUUACAAUCUUGCGUGGAAGCCAUGAAAAUGGUUAAUGUAUUAUCUCCGAAUCACGAAGAAGCAGCAGCACUUUUAGGGCUGAUAAGCGGGGAAGACGAGGAAGUUGAUAGAUUUUUAUCUGAAGAAAUGUUAAUGUACAUGGCGGAUAAAUUUUUGUCAUAUCAAAUUGGACCUCAAGGGAAUGGGUGUGUUAUAAUUAGAGCUUCUUAUAAAGGUUGUUUAGUAGCAACAAAAGAAAAAAAAGAAAUAAUACCAGCUUAUUGGACAAUAUCAAGAGAUGGCAUUAAAAAUCCUCACGUUAUUGAUGUUACAGGAGCGGGAAAUGCUUUUUGUGGAGGGUUUAUGGCUGGGUUACUUCGAUCAAAUAAUGAUGUUUUUGAAGCUGCCUUAUAUGGAUCUGUUAGCGCAUCAUUUACUGUUGAACAGCUCGGAGCUCCAAGACUCGAAUUUGAUCAAAAUGGAAAUGAAAUUUGGAAUUCGGGUGAAAGCCCAUAUGAAAGGUUACACAAAUUAAAACAGCGAGUUAAAGAAAAAAUUAAAGAAAGAUUAAAAGUGAAACUAAAAGAAAGGAUUCAAGGAAAAUUGAAAAACAAAGAUACUAAUCAUCAUCAAAAUGGGAUUGAAACGGGAGAAAUGGAUAAAGAUAAUAAUAUUGGAAAAGAUAGUAGUGAUAUUAUUAGUGACGGGAGAGACUUAAUAGAUGAAAAUUUUCGAGAUCGUAUGAGUCCGGCUGAUUAAAGGAUUCCUUUUUUUUUCUGUAAUGGUUGUAAAGUAAUCUCAACUAUUUUAUUUAUCGUUAUACUACAAUAAUAAACAAUUCACGUAGUUAGGAUUUGAAUUUUUCUCAUUACUUCCUUACUUUCAUUACUUUCAUGUACAAAUUAAUUCUAAAUUUCAUUAUCAAAAAGGAAUCAUUUGAUUAAUAAAUGUUAUACGCG